AUUUGUUAUAUAAUUCGUUGGAAAGGAUAAUAUUAUUUCAAAAGUGUCGCGAACUUUUGUUUGUUUUUUUUUGUUUUACGAUAAAUUACAAAAAUCGUGGAAAAGAAUUGUAAGUAAGCGAGGAUUUUUUUUUGGAUUUUAAACAACCAAAGGAUCGUUCAUUAUUUUAUUUCACGAAUAUUCGAAAUAAGGGACGAGUUACGUAUAUUUGGGAUCAAUUUCGAGCAGAAUUUUGGAUAAGUAUUUCGUGGAAAAUAGAAAUCAAGGAAGAAGCGUGCAUGCUGAAACAAUCGACGUUCGAAAUAAACGAGGAGGAAGGGUUGAAGGUCCUUAUGGUAGGAGAAAGGUGUGCCAGAUCUAUUCCGGGCGAGAUCCAAGGGCUGAAGGGCUGGCCCCGUCGUUGGAUCCACUCGGGCAAUAGUUAUAUUUAAAAGCCAAAUAACAAAUGGCAGAUCGGAUUAACAUUAAACAUACAGGGGAUGAUUCUGAUAAUGAUAUUAACAGAUUACCGAUGAUAUCAUCGGCUAAUUCGGAUAAUAUUAAUGAUACUACUGAUAUUGUUGUUAACAAUAAUAAUAACAACAAUAAUAACAACAACAACAAUAAUGUUAACGAUAAUAACGAUCGAAGAACAACAGUAAUGGCGUAUUUGGAAAAGGAUUUGAUCAACAAUCGAUUACCAACUAUUGAUUCGAAAAAUAUUGAUCCUAGGAAUAAUUAUCGAUCUAGAAGGGCACCCAUAGUUGGUUGGCAUAAUGGAAGUCCUACGGUAUUCCCAAGUUCCCCAUGCAAAACUCCUGAACUUGAUUUAUACAGUAGAAUUGAUUUCGAUGGUCCAAUCAGCGAGAUAUCAUCAUCCAAAAGUUCUGGCAUUUGUCAGGAUUCCGGUAACACAGAAGAUUUGAGUAGUUUGGCUGAUGAAAGAUUACUCGAGUCUACACCAGCAAGAACGAUUGAUAGAAGUAUAGAAUCAUUGUCACCCGAUAAGGAUACACUUUUGACCAUGUCACCUGAUCAUUUUGGUAGAAAUCGUGUUUUGAGUUUGGGAGACGAAUUAGGAGACAAGUUUGAUUUUUUAAGUCCCGACACUGAUGGUACGGAUGACAAUAGAAUGUUUUCAACAACACCGAUUGAAUCAAGAAAUAGUCCGAUUAAAAUUAAUCCGAGAAAGGAUGAUACGAUAUUACCAAUUAUCAUAGCAAAUCCUGGAUACCAAGGUGACGUUAAAGAUAUAAGCGAUUUCGACAGUGCCGUUGAUUUGGAAAAUGAUUUGGAUUCAAUCAUCGAGGAUAAAGAAAUGAAUAAGAAACCACGUAUACCUGAUGGUGGUUGGGGUUGGGUAGUUGUUUUAGCAUCCCUCGUCAUUUCAAUGAUUGCCGAUGGAGUCUCCUUCAGUUUCGGUUUACUUUACAUCGAAUUUCUCAAAGAAUUUGGUGCUAGCAAAGCGAAAACCGCUUGGAUCGGUUCAUUGUUUAUGGCAGUACCAUUAUUAUCCGGUCCUGUAAUGUCAGCUUUGGUCGAUCGUUAUGGUUGUAGAAAGAUGACCAUAACAGGAGGUCUGAUUUCUGGAAUAGGUUUUGUUCUGAGUUGUUUUAGCGACACCAUCGAGGUAAUGUAUUUGACUUUUGGCGUGAUUGCGGGUUUGGGUUUAGGUUUGUGCUACGUCACUGCGGUUGUGAGCAUAGCUUAUUGGUUUGAUAAAAAACGAACGUUAGCUGUAGGUCUUGGUGCAUGCGGUACCGGUAUUGGUACAUUUGUUUAUGCACCUAUGACUACAUUUUUUAUUGAGGAAUACGGUUGGCGUGGUACUUGUCUGAUGUUAGCUGGCACAUUCUUCAAUAUGAUAGUAUGCGGUGCUGUUAUGCGAGACCCAGAAUGGUGGAUUUUGGAACAAAAGAAACAACAACAAUUAUCAUCGCCGAGAAAAUCCAAUACAAUUAAAUCUGAACUCGAUUGUGGUUCGUCGCAUGCAUUCUCCGAUGAGUUUCCAGGUGUCGAGGAACUUAGGCAAAUGUUGAAGACUGGUAAAACGGAAUAUUUACUUCAAAGUCUUGGUACUAGUACUGCAACACCCAAUCGUGCUGCUACGCGUGGUUCUACUUUCCGAAGUGUCGUCAAUUUGCCAACAUUCGUCAAGGAAUCCGAAAAGGUGCCAUUGGAAGUUUUAGAAUCAUUAUCCGCAAAUUCAAGACUCUACAAUGUUAUAUUAGAAAAUUAUCCAAAUCUUUUGAAGUGUCGUAGUCUGUCCGAUAAAUUAACGGACGAUUCGUCAGUGAUAGAUGAAUACAAGAAGACAGGUGUUACCAUGACUAUGAGAGUCAAGAUGGCCGAUGAGAAAACAAACCCUAAUCAAAUUCAAGAUACGAACGAGAAGAUUAAUGGGGAGAAAAAGAUUUUUCAAGAAAUCGAUGAAGCCAGUCAUUUCAUUAAAAAAGAUGUUGUCAUACCGAUGACCGAUACCGAAAAGGUAAAAUCUAGACACCAUAUACCCGGUUUGACUGAUGGUGUCGUCAGAACUGAUUCCUUGCCAUGGUUGAGAAGACAAUUUAGCACAAAUACGCAUUACUUUAAAGACAUAAGGGUACAUAGAAAUUCUGUCAUGUAUCGUGGGGCAGCAUUGAAUUUACAAAAGUAUAGAUUGAGAGCAAGCAGUUGUCCAAAUAUUUAUAGAAACAGUAUGACAACGUUGGCUAAGGAAAGCGAAGAGAAAUGGUAUAGCGAAUUGGUUAAUUUGCUGAAAGGUAUGAUGGACUUUUCGAUGUUUUUGGAGUUUCAUUUUUUAUUGAUGUCACUAUCAACGAUAUUAUUGUUCACUUGGUUCAUCGUGCCUUACUUUUACCUCGCUGAACAUUUAACGAGGAACGGUUAUUCCGAGUCAGAUGGUGCUAAUCUACUUAGCAUUAUUGGUAUAACUAAUACAAUUGGAAUGAUCGGUCUUGGAUGGGCAGGUGAUCAGCCCUGGAUGAACGUCAGCAAAACUUACGCCUGUUGUUUGGCUAUAUGUGGUGUAUCAACAAUGCUGAUGUCCACGUUUACAUUACAUUACAUACCAUUGAUCAUAACCUCGGCAUCAUUUGGAUUAUUUUUCGCCAGUAGUUUUAGUUUCACCCCAGUUAUAUUGGUAGAACUAAUACCAUUGGAAAGAUUUACAACAGCUUACGGUCUUACUUUACUUUGCCAAGGUAUUGGAAAUCUUUUAGGACCACCGCUGGCCGGUUGGUUAUUCGACAUAACAAAUUCAUGGGAAAUGUCAUUCAUGAUGGCUGGUUUGUGGAUCAUUGUUGCUGGAUUAUUAAUCGGUAUCAUACCUUUCACCAAAAAUCGGAAGAUUUGGGGUAGCGGUCUGAUCGAAAUGGAACGAUUAACUUUGACCCAGAAUCAAGCGUAGUUUGAUACUUUUUUGUUUUUGUUUUUUUUUUUUUUAACAUAGAUUCAAUUAGAAGCGUGAUCUAGGCAUGCAUUUAUCUUUCUUCCUUCUUUUUCUUUUCUCCCCCCCUUUGAUCUUUUAGUAUUAUAAAAAAAAAAACAAAGUGAGAUUUAAAUAAUCGCGAAUUAAAUUAAUCAUAUUAAUAAAUUCAUUUUCAUUUAUAAGAGAGACAAGUAUUUUCUCAAUUGUUAAAUGUGUGGUGUAUACCUUAUUAUUAUUAUUAUCGAAACUUAGGCCAAUUUUGAUUGGAUCUAUUUAAAUCUUGCUAUAUCUUUUUACAAGUACACCUAUCGUGCCAGGACAAGCAGUUGUCCCUGUUUCUAGUCUUAUUAGAAUAAUAAUAAUAAUAAUAAUAAUAAUAAUAACGAGUGUCUCGAACUAUUACUUAAUUGUUAAUCAUUUUGUAAUAUAAAUGAAUUUAUAUAAUUGUUAAUUUUAUUUAACAUUAAUUCAGAUAUAUGAUGUUCGUUUAUUGAUUUUCUAUAAUUAUCUAUCUAUAAUUAUGUUAAUGUUGAGCUUUAAGCGCCUGAACGUUGACGUCAAUUCAUACUUGGUCGAUAAUUGCAGUUACCAAUGUCAUCGAUAUAUAAAAACUGUGUUGGUAGGAAAUAUUUUAUUUUUUAAAUUCCUUAUGAUAUGCAAAUCGAUCUCGUUUGAUGUACAAAUUGUUGCCUAUUGUAAAGGGGUUGAUUAAACGUUUUCUUUUUUUUUUUUACCGAUAAAUGGCACUUGCAAGUUAAAUUUAUCGACCGAGUAAAUGUAAAAAGUGUUGCAUACCUACAGGCAACUUGAUAUUAACAUAAAUCAUUGUAAACCUUCUUCUAUAAAUAAUUGUAUUUGUUUUUUGUUUUUUUAAACUUCGAUUUUCAUAAUGAAAUAUUUGGCUAUGCCGAAAAUGAAAAAAUUACCCAUGGUCGUGCCUAAUAUAUUAAGUGAUGUGCCUUCGAUGUAUUUAGGAGCAGAAUUUUUUGCAGGGCUUCCAAACAUCGAAGCUAUCGAUGAAUAGCAAGCGCGAGCAAAUUUCAUAAUCUAAUUAUAAGUAUAUUGUUGUAAACUCGUGGUUCCCAAUGUAAAGUACACGGUCUACAAAAAAAAAAGGAACAAAAAAAAACAAAUUGUAUUUUAAAAAAGGGGAUACAUUUUUAGAAUGAUAUUUGUUAAGCAAAUUUUCGUAAUAUUAUUUCUUCUUUUCAUAAAUUUCAUGAUUCGUAAAAGUUUGUUCAGACCAAGGCCAACACUACUAUUUUAUCCGAACAAAUAAUUUCACGAUUUUAUCUUCUCUUUCGUUAUCAUAAAUUUAUAAGACAUAUACUAUAGUAGUGGUAAAUUGUUUCUUGGAAUUGAUUUAUCGAUCUUCGCGUGUUCAGGAAUUCGAUUACUUUUAUUAAAGUUUCUAUGAACCUCUCUAUAUGGGAUAGUCAGAAUUUAAUUUUAAACUUUGAAUAAUAAAAAUGAUAUCUUACAGAGACGAAUGCAUUAGAAUUUGAAGUAGUUGCCAAUAAAAUUGGGAACCACUGUUAUAAAUCUAUGUACAAUGAAUUAUACACAAUGCUUACGAGUUCAAGAAAUAA